AUGUUUUAUAUUUUUGUGUUUGUUGUGAAGCAUUUAGCACAACUAUGGCCUUUAUUACUAUUUGCCUUUAUUUUCAUUGCUGUAUGCCACUUAGUAGCUAAAUAUACCAAUAUUAGUGGCAGUACAAUUACUGCAACAUUAACGAUAGCUCGUGUAUUUAGUGGUUCUACCGCCAACAAUGGUAAAUUAGGGAAAAAGCCUACCAGAGAACAAUGCAAUGCACCAGAAAAAUCUCUAUAUUUUGAAUUUAUUCAUCCACCGGUUACUGUCAUUAAUACAUCAGUUGUUGGUCGUAAUUUGCUGAACAAGAAAGAAACACUACCGAGUACCAUAAAGGAAUCAUCGGAAUCAUCACAAACAAUUGACGAUCAGGAUUCUGAUAAAGCGGGAAAGACGCUAAGCCACGAGAAUACGGUUGUACGAGUGGAUACGACUUUUAAACAGCAGCGAAGGGCAGCUGGAAUAAGAAGCAGUAUGAGCAGCCCAUUGCCAGGUUCGCCCCUAUGA